AUAUAAAAAUGCUAAGUGGCGCGCGCGAAGCGCGCGCAUUGUUGUGUUCUAGUGUUAAAAAAAUUUACUUGGAAUUUUACCUUGAUGCACUUAUACGGGCGUUGUUAACUAGUUCGAUAAAUUAUGAGAUGCUUUUAUGAUGCUGUCUUAAGUUCUCGUUUCUCGCCUCGAAAAGCUCAUCUCUUUAUUUCUUUUUUCUACGUACGGUCGACGAUUAAUUCCCAUCGUUCGUUCGUAAUAUAAGCGCCGAUCACAGGGAUUAAGCACGUACUAAAUGCUCAUUUGCAAGAAGUCUUAAUUCACUGUCGAAAUUAGCGCGCAUAACGGUUCGCGAAAUUAAAUUUCGCUCCGCUCACGCCGCUAUACGUACAGUGCCGCUUGGAGAAAUAAUCUUUUGCCAAUGAAGUUAAUACUAGCGCGCGCAUGCACGUCGAGGUAUGCAAUUUGAUCGUCGCAUAUCUCAACGUGAUACGUUAUUGUCGUAAUCAUGAUUUCGAUUAUUACUUACCACCCGCUAUUCAUUGGCAGCUUAAUGGGCAGCAACACAUUUCUGCGGUGCGCAUAUUAAAUUUUUGGUCAAAUGUACAACACUCAUAAUGUACUUUUGAUGAUGUACCAAUGUAUAUAAAAAGUAUGUAUAAGGAGAUGUUAAGGUAUUUUCAUAUUUAUAUUUUUCAAUUUUCUUUCUGUAUUAAGUUUUAUAUAAAAUGUAUGAAAUUUAACUUAAGCUAAAAUAAUAUAAAGGUAACAGAACAUUUCCAUAUUACAAAUUCAAUCUUAACAAAAAUGAAAUUUUUUUACGAUAUUUCUUUUAAACUGUACUUUGAUUUUUACCUUUAAUUUACUUUUAUUUUACUUUUUAGAUAUUUAUCUUUUUAAGGAAAAAUAUCUAGUAUUGAUCAAAACUACAACAUUUAUUUAUUGUGCUUAUUGUGUACAUUAUUUUGUGUACUUGUCGUUAAUUUGAUAAAUUCCACAGUAUCAAAUUUUUAACGAGUUUUUUUUUAGGUAACGAUAUAGACUUAACACAAUAUAGAUUAAAUUCAAAUAUAAGAUAAAAUAUAUAUGCAUCAUUUUGUGAGAGUAAUUCUUAAAACUUAUAUUUACAUUGCAUACAACAAAUGAUUUUUCGUAAUAAAAUGCUUUUUAAUUAAUUUAAUUAAAACGUUAUAAUGCAUUUUUGGUUAAAAACUAUAUAUUUUACUUUUGUAAAUAUUCAAAUAAUAGUUGUACUGUCUAAUAUGGCAUAUCUGAUCAUGAGGACCAAAACGUUCGCCAUUAUUAACCCCCAGUAAGAGCGUGCGAUGGGAUACCGUGAUUGCUGAUCGUCAGUACCUAUGGGAUCUUUUGAAGUAUAAGCCUUGUUAUUUUUGGGGAGCGAUUUAAGUUCACGGAACGGCAAAUCUAUCAUAAUGAAAAUGCAAAGUAUUCAAUAGAAAUGCUUUCCCUUUCAAAUAAUUAAAAAUUUUAAUAUUUUAAUAAAUUGUUAAAUAUGACCGGAAUCGAACAUAUCAGGUUGGAGAAAGAGAGGGGGGGGGGGGGGAGAGAGAACAAAGUAUAAGAGCAUCCAUCACGCGCGCCAGGCAAUGCAGUAGCGAGUUCUUUGAAAGUUGCUUAUUUCGCAAGCUUCGCUAUCAAACAACUCUACGUCUGACUGCGGGAUGCUCUACUUUGUAGUUUGAUGUAAGAGAUCGGCGGAUCGCGUGCUUCUCUCUUAACUCGUUUUAAAUUUCUAAGCUGUUCCUCUCUUGUUUAUCGAGUUUUCUGACGGAUACUGUUAUGAGAGUAUCCAGACUGCGGUUUAAUGAAUAUACACCAUUAUAUUCGCCUCGAAGAAAAUUGUAAUGUCCAAACUAAUAACUGAGUUAGAGUAAAAUAUGCAAACUCAGUUCUCUACGUUUAGUAGGUGAAUUGCUACGAUAAGUAUACGCUUGCGAUUUACGGAUGAUGCAAAUAUCUGUUGUAAAUAUUCGCGUAUUUUUUAUCAUUUGCAAUUCUUAAUCGAGCGGCGCCAAUAUCGCUGUCAUCCCCGUCCGACUAAAGAAGAGCACAUCCUUUUCGCGUAUAAUGACUUUUUCUCAUAUCUAAAAUUCCAAUAAACGCCUAGUAGCGCCCCGACAAAGUGUCGCGUUGAAAGACUCAAUCUGUUCGAAACCGUUCACACAUGCACCUUAGGAUGCUUGAAACGAGCGAGUUCGUCCCGCCGUUUAAUACUCGGAUGUGAAUUUUCGGAAGCAACGCCUCUGUCGUCUAUAGAAUCGAGCGUGUAUAAUGGCAGCGCGCCUCUCUCCGCUCCAGAGAAGUGUAAAAAGGAAUCUAUCUUGUGUAUCAGUGUGAAGUUAUUAAGGCGCGCAACAGUCGCAAAAUUAAUUUCUUUUCGAAGCUACGCCGACAAGCGCUUAUAUUGGCAUCGGAAUUUGAAAUGCAUCAUUCGAUGCCCCGAUACAAAGUGCUCCUCCGCAGCAUCUGCAUGCCUGAAAAAGUCUUCGAUUGCAACAGCAUUCCGUCGCUUGUUAAUUUUCUUGCUUUUCCGUAGAAUAUUGCGUCUGCAUCGCGCUGAUUUAUUUUUUUGUCACGCCUAGUUGUCACUUCGAGUAUCAAGUGUAACUGGCAUCCAAUUUAAUUAAAUUAUCGACAAGUUAUUUAUUGACGUGACUAUAGAAAGUGCGAUAUAAUUUUUGCAAGAUAUAUGCUGACUUUUUGCAUGUAUAUUUUUGUGAACGUAUCUUAUUCUAAUUUUAUAUAUAAUGUAUUAUGAAUUAGUUUAAUUUUUGCACUAUAACGAGAUUUCCGAUAGUUCAAUGGUAAUUGCGCAUUGCUCUUUGACGACCUCAAAAGCAUAAUAUCAUUUAUCGACUCGUCUAAUAUUAUAUUAACGUCAGUAUUACCUUUCAUUCCAUAAUAUAAUGAGCACUAUUUUAUACGAUUUCAGAGGUAUAAAAUAUUCGUUGCUCGUUUAAAUUAAGCAUAUGUGUAAAUUGAGAUUCUCUCGUUGUGCGCGGUAUAAGAAUAAAAAAUAUUUAUUUUUCAAAUAAAUAACAGUGUUGCUGUAACAAUAUCGAAGGACUUUCAAGGCGCAUAAAUGCAAAUAUGUCGCAAGGCUGAGUCAAUGAUUCUACUACAUUCAAGUUGUGCAUGUUUAAACGAUUUAAUUCUGUAUCGAUUACUCUCCGCUCGAGAUAUCGGCGCGCGUCGAAUUAAUAUUAUUUAUCUAUCUACGAUAUCUCGACAGCUUCGUUCUGACUAGCGACGCUGAACGACCGAUACGCAAUAAGCGCGCUGACAUUCUAAUUAAAUUAUCUUCGCCGAAUUUAUUUAUCCGAUCUCAAGUGAUCGUGUGAGACGGUCGCGGCGGAUAUUGCCGAUUUGUAUCUGCCGGCUGCGUCCCCGAUUUCUGCUCUGCCCCGCCUCCUAUUAUCACCCCGUACGCAGAAUUAUUAAAAGCCGACCAUCGCGGACGUGUAUACGUACAUAUUUUGUAACGUCGGACCGGGGGCCGAAGCAUACCGGGUGGCUGCCGGGCAGAAAACAAUAAAGCCCGGGUAUCAUCCGGAACGGUGCCUCCACCACUUCAACUUCCCUUCCCGGAUUGACCCCUCUCGCCGAAGCUUCUGCCUCCAUGUAUGCGCGCGGCCCAGUAUACGCUCUCCAUUCAAUUUAGAUCCCACUUACGGGUCUCCCCGACAGGCCGUGCCGUACGUCAUAUUUAUUCUAUUUAUUGUAAGCCGAUCCCAUCCCCGGGCUUGAGUUAAUAUUUUCCUACGGAAUCGCGCGCUCCACCGUUUUUCGUUUCGUCCAUAUCACUUCAGCUUCGUUGUGAUAUUUCUUUUUCCCUUUUUUUGUUCUUCCCGUAGAUGAUAGUGGGACGUGUGGCGUUGAAAAUGAAAUUGUUCGGUAUCGUACUGUCCGAAUCGGCGAAACGGAGAAUCGUUUGUCUCAUCGAGAUGGGGAUGUGUGCUUAAAACGGACAAAGCGACGCAUUCAUUCGAAAGCUGCGUACGUCGUAAAUCGACGAUUCGGCUAUUAUGAGAGGAAUGAGUUACGCUUUGCGGUUUUGGGAAAUAUUUGUCUAAAGGUAACCGCAUUUAAAUGGGAUCGGGUAAUCGUUCAGAUUCGGUCCGAUUUGGUCACCGAUACCAUUGACUACUAAUGCUAUCGGAUGCCGCCAAUAUCACUGAUUUCCGAAAUAAUCGAAAUAAUUUUGUCGUUAAUUUUAGUGUUUGGGAUUAAAGCUAAAUUCGCGUUGGAUAAAGAUAAUGCAAUUAAUGAUAGUUGUUAAUCUCAUUACUUUUACGAUACGCGUACAAAUUGCGAUAUCAAUGUUUCAUGUCAAUUAUCUUAAAUGUAAUUCGAACCGAAUGUAUUUUUGUGUUUAAGUCGUAAACUCAUGAUCUAGUGACUGAAUAUUAUUUUCUUAGUCUACAAACGUAAAACUUUGUGUAUUCCCGAUUAAUACUUCCGGCCUUUUUGCAUUAUCAUAUUUUAAUCGACAAGUCAUGCGUGAAAUAUGCAUUUAUUUCUUUCGCUAUAUGAUAAACACCGUACGGUCCAUGAUGUUAUGAAAUACCACGAUCGAGUGCAAGCAUUGCAUUAAGCAGCGCAUUUAAAACCUGUCCCGUUAUCGUCUCGGAAUCCGUCGUAAUUUAUCGGUUAGUAACCACGUCUCUCUAAUACCAUUUGAAUUUAUUGACUUUUGCCACGUCGCGUAAUUGAAAUAGGUUGUAAAUAGUUUGUAAUAUAAUUUUAUCGAUUUUUGCGGGCGACUGCUAAACAAUAUGCGUUUUUUCAAUUAAAAAAAAAAAACAACAGUGAAUCAGUGAAAACAAUUUCAGCGACAGCCGUAAUUGCAUUCGACGUACAUUUUAGUUAUUCAGCCGUAAUAUUUCGCCCGACUCGCCGGCUUCGGAAACCCAUUUCGAAAAGUGGCGUAGAAGUUUCAAUACUUCGCAGACACAGAAGUACUCGACACGCUCAUUGCGCGAGGUCAACGAUCAUAGCCGAGGUUAAUGCAGUUGUACGCGUUAUAGUCCACCGAUCGAGCGUUUCGCGGUGUAUCGCGAGGCAUCACGCAUCUAUGAAGUAGAUUCCCUCGUGCCGAGUUAUCCGCGUUUAUGUUUUCGCCCCGGCUCCUCAAAUUGGCGCGCACCUGAUCGAGAUUCGUAUCAGCCGAGUCUUUAAGAUAAUGAUUCGCGCGAACGAUGCGUUAAAGCGCAUCGCGCUUAGCCACGAGGUACACCGCCGGUGGUAACAAGAUAUAAUAAUCACUGUCAUCAGAGCCGACUUGUAUCGCCGCGCAACUAGCAGCCUCGACGAUCGAAUGGAAACGCGUCUCUUGCCUCUCUCGGUGUGUCGAGUGAAAAGAAAAAGAUUACGAGUCGGUGUGCGAGAGGAAUGUCCGAUUAUCGUGCCACGGAGAAAGCGGAUCGGUCAGCUCGAGAUAUUUCAACGGUUCGCUUGGCAAAAGAAGAAAAACCAUCGAACGAAUACUUCAAUGGAGUUCGUAUUACCUGCCGGUUUAAAAUGAUGUUCGACUUCUGGGCACACCUCGGCUACACGCGUGCGAGGUGCAGAUUUAUUAUGCUGCGUGGAGGAUGCAACAACAAAGAAGAGAGGAAAGCAAAGUCGCAGCAAAGAAAAGCCGACAAAAUUCAAGACAGAAGAGGGGAAGGGCCUGGAUGGAGAGAAGCAGAGAAUGAGAGAGUCACGGUGUUUGCUCGCUGGCGGGUUCCUCUCACUACCCGGUUGCAAAGAUUCUACGGAAGAGAUCAGGACAACGGGUGUAACAAAGGAUUCGAUUAUAUACACUUCGCUGACGGGAGCAAAAGGGACAGAAGGGAUAAAGAGGAGCAGGAGGAAACUCGUACGAGAAAGAGUAUAAGUCGUGGGGGUAGACAGGAGCUAGUGGUCCCCCGGCGACAUCUUCUUCCUGACUGUUUCCACCUGAAACCUGAAACUAAUGGCGUCUUCCACUUUGGUACCCCGGUGUCUCAGGCGUGCAAAAAGGUUUUGAUUUCAUCCAACAAAGGAACACACGAAUACUGAAAGCUGUUUUUCGAAGUAAUUAACGAACGGUGACAAGUAUAAUACAAUAGUGUGAUUUAAGAGUAUUAUAUGUUACUCUAUUUCUUUAAAUACAAGUUAUACUUUUAAAAUUGUUUAUAUAUAUAUAAAAUAAGUUUUCUCACACAUUUCUCGAUAAUAUCAAUAACAAACAUUUUUAGAAUUGUAUUUGUAAUAAGUUGCUCAUGUAUUUGAUUCCAACAAAUAGUUGAAUAGUACUAAUAUUGUAUUAACAUGUUUCAUAAAAAAUUAAUAUUUAUUUCAAAUAAAUAACAUUUUAUUAAAAUAAAUAAAUUAUAGACAAUAUUACUUAUUUGAAAUAAAUAUGAUUUAUUUUUUUAUAAAAUUUGUUUUAUUAGUACUAUUCAAAUAACUAUUUAUUUGAAUCAGGUAUCCUUUUCUACCAGUGCAGUAACAAUAAUUUAAAUUAUACCGCAUUUUGUAAUCGUAUAAGAAAUCGAAUUUCAAGCAUUUCACCAGAAUACUCAUCGGUAAUGCGAGGAUAUAUAAUAUUCACACAUAUGCGUGACACUUUCGUACAAAGGCCACUCCGCGAUUCCUCGAGGAUGCAGUAUACGGUGCCAAUGCAUCACAUGCGCGUCGCUGGUGGCAUGCGUGACACGCAUCUCAUUGCGAAUAGGUCACGGAGUUCGUAAGAGCGCGGUUAGGAUAACGUUUGCAGCGAGGCUGCAUAUCGACAGGUGUACAUGUGCACGCAUACGGUACAGCGAAUGUGUGAACGCGCUAGAGAGACAAAGACAGAUGCGGUAAUGGUCCACACGUGUCUCAGAAUUCUCUCAACAUCUCUGCGUUACGGCACGAUCUUGUGUACCCUGUACCAUCGACACUAUUAGAGCGCAGCUAGACCCCAGUCAGCCGUUAGCGAUGAUGCACUUACACAGCAUCUCGCGCAACACACCGGGAUAUGCCAAGAGAUCGCAUAUCGGUAACGACGCGACACGUUUUCACAAGGCGAAAAUCCUGGCGAUUUAUCGAAACGGAUUUGCCCGUCGAUAUAUAUCGAUCAACAGCAGCAAAUUAUUUUAUGAUGAUUUGAGAUACACACGCGUCGUAACAUUUUUCCAAUAAACAUUCUAAAAAUCCUUGAUAUAUUAUUAUUUUAAUAAUAUCUGUUAAACUACAAAGAUUUCAAGUUACCUAUUAAGUUUUUGCUAUUUUACUAUUUUAAAUAUAUAUAUUUUCUUUUUCGUAACUAUGUCAGGUUCAACUUGAUUCUGAAACUGUGACGGAUUAUCAUUCAUUAUUGGGAAUAUUUGCAGAAACGGAUGGCUACGAUUAUCAAAGCACGAUAGAUGCGAAAUCUUGCCGCGGAAGUAUGAAUUUAAUCAAGAGAUUAGAUUCAGUUUUCCCAAGCCUCGGCGCGAAUGAGUUAUGGCAUUCUGCGGUGCUAUCGAUGCUGUUAGCGCGGUUAACCUGUUGGUUGUUAGCGAUGAUACACGCCACAUUCAAUGCCUCCACGGCCAGCCCGUCUGUGCGAUACGAUAUACGAUUGGAUCUACGAGGAACGAGUUCGUCCUAAGAAAAAUUAUCAGCGUACGGCUAUUUUUUGCAUAUCGAAACGACUUUAUCAUUGGCGCGCGCGCACACACACAUCUUCACAAGUAAUGGAAUGUCCAAUCGAACGUUUAAUGAAAUAUCUCAAAUACGAUUCAAGUACAGUAAUAAUACUGACGUGGUACAAAUCGCCGUGAAAGACAUUCUCGAGAAAGAUAAAAAAAAA